UUUUUUUUUAUUCUGUUUAUUUUUACUGUUUUGUUUCGUGAUUGCAAGCAAAAAAAAUAGCUGAACCGAAGAUGGCCAACCAGUUGCCAGCAUCCGAAGGGCCCAUAGCCGGAGUAAAGCCGCACCUGCAGCCCUGGGAGGUAAUCGCCUGGACGCCGGCCCAGCUUACUAGGAUGUAUUCGGACUGGGCCAUAUACUUGUCUCGUAACCGGCGCCUUCGGCACGGGCUUCAUUGCGUGGACAACGCCCUGAAGUUGGAUCCAGUCAAUACCAAGGCCCUGAUACGUCGGAGUCAGAUACAGAGAAAAAUGGGCCUAGCUGCGGAGGCAUUGAAGGACUGCGCCUGGGCAGAAGCAUUGCUUAAGAAACAAGUGUCGCCGGUCAGCAAAUCGCAUGUCAGUUUGGAGGUCUGCGAUGCCCUCUACGAGGCAAAUCGAUUGGAGGAUACCAAGAUAAAGCUGCACGACCAUCUGAGGCUCUUCAGUUCUGCUCAAGGAGUGUCUGUAGUUAACCGUCUAAAUGUGGUGGAUGGAAACUUCCGCGACACCCUUUCGGAGGAUACUACUCUAGCAGUCCAGCGAUUGAUAAAUCGCAUGUUGGUCAGCUUGGCAAAGGAGCCCAAAGAAAUAAAGGGAGACUGCGAUGUAGUUAGCAUCAUAGAAAAAGAGGAAACCGUUUUAUCGCCCUUGGAAAUAGCUCGACGGAAGCGUCAUUAUAAAAUAUAUAAUCAGACUUAUUUGAACAAAUGCUGGAUGGAUGUCGAAUUUUUGAAGAAAUUGCGCAGUGACCAAAAAGUGCACCCCAAGCACAGUGAAAAUUCUUCCAAGUACUUGUGCAAACUAAUAGAUAAUAACUACAAGAUGGUGCGCAGUAUGACGAAAAUGCUACAUACUCGAUGUCCUAUGUAUGCCCAGCAUCAGCAGAAAUAUCCAAAUGCAGCUCUUUGGACAAAACAAAAAGAGGAAAAUCUUUACCGCAUUCAGUAUCAAACAAGAAGAAAUAUGUUUAAGAUUCUGAGGAGCAUCAGACAGCUGAUAAGGGUUGGUGACCUACGGAAACUAUCGAACUUUAUCGAAGAGGUUAUGGGUGACUAUACUACAAUAAAAACGCAUCGCGUCAUGCCGUGGAAAUUUGAAUUCAUUAACGAGGUCUAUAACUACCUUGGUUUAGCCCGCCUUAAUGAAUUCAAAAUUCCUAGCAACAUGACUGUCCUGCAAGGCAAACAACGUCUACUGACCUUAUUCAAGCUGCCCGUUGAAAAGAAUUUAGAGCUUCAAAGUAAAAAACCCAAACAGGCGGGACCUUUGUAUUUAGCUAGGUCGGAUUUGACCGAUCCCAAGGCGGAGAAAUUCAAGAAAAACGUUGCACGAUAUGAGAAACGAAUGCUGUUUGCCGAAUAUCCCAUUGAACGCGCGUAUUUAUUGCACGAAUUGGCUCAGUCUCAUUUGGACAAUAAUUCAUUUGACACAGGCUGCUCUUUAGCCCGCAAGGCUUUUGAGGAGGCCACCAGAUGCAAGAGUAUUGUAUGGAGUUUCCUCAGUCUAAUGGUCAUAUGCAAGGCUCACGCCAUUCUGGGGAAGAUUGAACGGGAAAAGGAUACUCUUUCCAAGGCCUUUGAGCUGGCGAAGCGAAUGAAAAACAUGGAGCUUUGCCUUUUUAUUGAUAUUUGCAUAAAAGUAAAUGCAGAGGAGAUGGACCUGAAAAGACUGGUAUCCAGUGACAUGAGCACUAGGAGGCAGAGGUCCAGGCAGGCUCCCUUUGAUCCAAGUAGCGCAGAACGUAAUAAUAAUAUCUGACAUAAACAAUGUGAAAGUUAAAAAAAAAAUUAUAGCAUCAUG